AAUGUUUAAUCAACAGGCUGCAGAACUUAAAUGUGUGGCACUGUUGUGUUCUUUCAUGCAGGGAGCUUCCUCAUGUUAUGCAAAAACUAUUUCUCUUCCUGUGUGUCUUGAUUAAGAGAGGCGAGCACUGCAGCACCCUGCCUCAUGCUGAUGCUAUAAAACAUCCAGGAACUCACACUGCCAAGUUUUCAAGAGAGCCAAACCUCCAAAAUGCCUGCAGACUACAAUGGAACAUGGGAUAUGGUCAGCAAUGACAAUUUAGAUGGUUACAUGGUUGCACUUGACAUUGGCUUUGCAACACGCAAAAUCGCCUCCAUGCUGAAGCCUCAGAAGGUGAUCAAACAAGAUGGAGAUUCUUUCACCUUCCAAACCAUCUCCUCUGUGUUGAAGUACGAGUGCUCCUUCAAAAUUGGAGAGGAGUUUGAAGAGGUGACGAAGGGCAUGGACAACCGCAAGUGUCGGUCUGUGGUUAACUGGGACGAUGAUAAGCUGGUGUGUGUUCAGAAAGGAGAGAAGAAAGACAGAGGCUGGACUCACUGGAUUCAGGGAGAUGAGCUUCAUCUGGAGCUGACCUGCGAAGGUCAAGUGUGCAAGCAAGUCUUUAAAAGGGUCUGACCCUGACUUUAAAGAUAAUGGCAAACAUGUUUUCAUCAUGAGAUGCAUGCAAAAUAAAAAAAAGCAGACCAAUAAUUGUGCUUCAUUUCAA